UAAGUCCUGGUUUCCUUUGUUCUGAGUGUAUAAAUCAAGGUCUGUGCCUGAAAUAGGAGAGGAGCCUAGUGCUAAAGUAACUGUGGUGUCGAUGUCCCACACGUCUCUCCCACCCAGAAUGUCGAGUUCACAUUUGUGGGGAAACAACUCAACUUACUCUCUCAACGAGAGCGUGAACUUGCCAAUAACCACGCCAUCACCUGGGGUACAAUAUGCACAAAUCGUAAGCGACGAGCAGUGGUACAUUUUCCAAGUGGUCAACGCGGUGGUCAUCGCUGGUCUCCUCAGUCUGUUCGGCGUGGUCUCCAACAUCAUCAACAUUGUGGUGUUUGCCAAGCAAGGCUUUCAGGACAGCAUGAACAUCAGCCUCAUGGGUAAGAUGGCAAUUAUCACAUCGACAGUUUCUUAUAACUAAUGUGUCUUUACAGCAGUUUUGGAAUAGAACAUAACCCAUGUAAGUGUUUGGAAAUAAUAGACAUAAGAUUGAAUAAAUAUUGCACACAGCACAUUUACAUUCUGUCGUAAAGCUGCUCUCCUACUCAAAGCCCAGAAAUCAUUUUCUAUUUAUUCAGGGGAGAGGGAAAAAUAGUGCCCUUUUUUGAAAUUGCACCCUCAUUGUGUAUCCCUUUUUGGUUUUUUAAGAUUUACAAUUUGAAUGUCAGUAAAGUAUUUCUUAAGAACAUGCACCGAUACCACAGAAUAACAAAAUGCAAUUUUUAAAAAAGAUUCAAAAUUGUUGGGCUUGGUAAUCUGAAUCACUAUUGGAAAUACCUUUCUCUCUCAUGUACUCUACACUAGUGAAUACUAAACUGUUUGUUUUGUUUUUAUUUGUGUUUUUACCGAGGACUACUAUACUCAUAUAGUAGUCCUUGGUUUCUACAUAACUAUAUGAAGUAUGUUUUUCCAUCCCGUAAACUGUUUAUCAUUUCAGGGCUCGCUGUGGCUGACCUUUGCUCCCUGGUGACCAUGAUAUGGAUAAGCAUUUGCAUGAACCCACUCUUCUACUUUUCUGACUUGCCCUUUGACUCAACGGAUAUCUUGUACCUCACGGGGUCCACGCCGCACGUACUCUUUGUCAAAAUUGCCACUUUUAUCACCGCCUUCAUCACCUUCGAACGAUGUCUGUGUAUCGCUGUCCCUCUGAAGGUGAAGACGAUCAUCACACCGGGAAGGACAAAGACAAUUAUUAUCUUCAUCUACAUUACAAUACCCGUUUUGAUUAUCCCCUUCAUCCUUGGCCACAGGUUUGAGUGGGUUUUCGAUUUCACCAGGAAUGCCACUAUACUAAGAUCUACCUACACGGCUGACAGAGAAAUGCUAGAAGCCAUUUCGUUUCUCACUCUGGGUGUAUUUGGUACGACAUUUUCCUUUGUCUUCGUCAUCUGCUGUACCAUCGUUCUCAUCGUCAAACUCAACAGUAAAACAAAAUGGCGACAGGCCACUGCAGCCAAGUCUGAUCGUGCAGCGGAAGGAGUUGGGGUCAAAGAUCAAAAGGUUGUGAAAAUGGUGACCUUCAUCGCUGUCAUUUUCAUCGUCUGUGCCGUACCUCCGACACUCUUGUUUUUCUAUAUGGCGAUUGACCCAAGUUUCCGUUUUUUUGGCGUCUAUAAAAAUCUCUAUCUUAUCAUUUGGACUUCAUCAUUUCUGACAGAAACUGUCAACUCUAGCGUGAAUAUAUUUGUGUAUCUGAAAAUGAGUUCGAAAUACCGAGCUGUGUUUAUGAAAACCUUUUGGAACAAGGAGGAAAAAUAACUUUUCAGCUGCAGAGAAGAGGAAAAUUAUCUACUU